GGUGGGACUCGCUAGAGUCCGCUGCUGAGGGGCGCCUGGAACGGGCCGCGUCUCGCCAUGAAGUUUCGGGCUAAGCUCGUGGAUGCUGCCUGUUUGAACAACUUCACGCGCUGCACAGACAUCUUUAUCUGGCGCAGACCACCCUUCACAGCCCGGCCCUGUUGGUUCCCCGCCCCUGCCGCGACCCCUGCAGCACCCGGUGGUCCUGACUGGACGUGAGAGGGAUGAACGCGGCCAGUAGGCGCCAGUUAACGUCCGAGUCUCGGUUUCCUUAUUCCAGCCCUGAUGGCUGGUGAUGCGAACCGCGCAGGGCUGUUGGAGGCUGGCGUGACCUCAGCGGCGUUAAAGGUUUCCCGGAGUCAGUAACAUGAUAGCCAAGCUCGCCAAAACCUGCACUCUGCGCAUCAGCCCGGAUAAGCUGAACUUCGUCCUCUCUGAUAAGGUGGCCAAUGGAGGGGUGAGCCUGUGGUGUGAACUGGAACAGGAGAACUUCUUCAGCGAAUUUCAAAUGGAAGGAGUCUCCGCAGAAAACAAUGAGAUUUAUUUAGAGCUAGCAUCGGAAAAUUUAUCUCGAGCCUUGAAAACUGCCCAGAAUUCAAGAGCCUUGAAAAUUAAGCUGACGAAUAAACACUUACCCUGCCUCACAGUUUCUAUAGAGCUGUUAUCGGUGUUAAGCAGUAGUCGCAUUGUGACACAUGACAUCCCUGUAAAGGUUAUUCCUAGAAAACUGUGGAAGGACUUACAAGAACCGACAGUCCCAGACGCUGACGUUAGUAUUUAUUUACCAGUCUUGAAGACUAUGAAGAGCGUUGUGGAGAAGAUGAAAAACAUCAGCAAUCACCUCAUUAUUGAAGCAAACCUAAAUGGAGAAUUGAACUUGAAAAUAGAAACUGAACUAGUGUGUGUUACAACUCAUUUUAAAGAUCUUGGAAAUCCUCCCUUAGCUUCUGAAAAUGCUUCUCAAGAUAGAAAUUCAGAACAAAUGGCAGAAGUGCGCGUUGACAUUAGGAAGCUCCUACAGUUCCUUGCUGGACAACAAGUAAAUCCUACAAAGGCCACAUGCAAUAUUGUAAAGAACAAGAUUGUUCAUAUCGACUUGCUCGACGAAGACGUCUCCCUGCAGUAUUUCAUCCCAGCGUUGUCAUAGCCCCACCUGACGGGAUCGUGGACCUGAAGGGGCAGUAGGGUGAUAUGUUCCAAGUCAUUUGUCUCCGUCCCCACAGCACUGGAAUCCUAUGUAUUUUCACUUUUUUCCCCUCCUAUAAUAUUUUGACUAGAAAUUGAGUUAAUGAAUUAAUGAAACACAGUUGGAUAAACAUUUCUUCAUAUUACUUCUCUGUUCUGUUUGCUUUAUUUUGCCUUUAAGAUGUCAAAAAGAAAAGUUAAAAUUUAUUUAAACUUAUUGAAAUUGUGAAAAUCCUCCUAUACUUUGAAUUGGUAUAGUAAUCAAAAUUGGCAAAAAUAAUGUUUGCUGAGCCUGGCACUUUUUCCCAAGGCACUGAUAGCUUAGCAUAAUGUUGUGGGAACAGACCUGGGACACUUAAGUUUCCAUGUGCUUGGAGCUCGAGAAGGUGAGGACAACCCUCCUGCCGCAGAGUGGACCCUGCAGAGCAGCCUGGGGUCUGGCUGCAGCACCCUGUCAUGAUGCUGGUGGAGACUGGAAUUGGGUCCUUGUGGUGCCGGGAGCUGGUCCAGCGUCUGCAGCUCCCAGUGUCUCCUUGAGGGAAGCCACCAUGGUCCCAGUUGUCAUCUCACAGUUCUUUCUUCCACGUUGCAUUGGGUCAGCCCUUCUGGAAAGAGGACAAACAAGACUUCAGUCAGGGUUAGUGGUCAGUGAUGACCCACAUUUGCAUUUGGCCACCACAGCUGGUGCAGGUCCUGGUGGGCCUGCAUCCUCCUCCUCCCUG